AUGGCUGGAAGAAAUGAUCGCGUUAUUGUUAAUGCUUUUGAGCCAGUGGUUCAGGCGCUGCAGGGGCAACAGAAUCAUCAAGAUGUUGAUGAUGAGUUAUGUGGGUUGGACAAGUUUCAAAGGAACAAGUCGUCAUCUUUCAAGGGAAUAUAUGAUCCAGAGGACUGGUGGGAUAAUGAGCGCCAGAGACUAGAAGCAGUUGUUAUUGAGAUUGCUUGGGUUGUAUUCCGAGUUCAUUUCCUGGAGAAGUACUUUCUUGAGGAUGUGCGAAGCAAGAAGGAGAUCGAGUUCCUCGAACUCAAGCAGGGGAAUAUGAUUGUUGUUGAAUAUGCUGCUAAGUUUGAAAAGCUUGUGAAGUUUUAUCCACACUACAAUGGUCUGGUUGUGAAGGGGUCGAAGUGCAUUAAGUUUGAGAGCGGAUUGCGUCCUGAGAUCAAACAGGGUAUUGGGAUUUAUGAUGAGGAUAACAAGGCUCGUUCUACUCAUUAUAAGAGCAUGAGUGAGAGGAGGGGGAAGAAUCAGUAUUAUGGGAAAUCGUAUAGUGCUCUAGCUGAUAGAGGUAAGCAAAAAAAUCCAAGUUAUGAAGAGACUCGUGCUUCUGUCAAGUGCUUCAAGUGUGGCGAGUUAGGCCGCUGUGCUAAUGAGUACAUGAAUAACAUUAUGAGUACUAACUAUCAGAAGUCAAAGAAAUUUCAGUCUAGGGGAAAAGUAUUUGCUUUAUCAGGGUCAGAGACUAAUAGCUCAGACAGGUUGAUUCGAAGUAUGUAUUUUAUCAAUAGUACUCCGCAGAUUGCUAUUAUUGACAUGGGUAGAACGCAUCCGUUUAUUUUGCUUGAUUAUGUUGAAAGGUGUGGUUUAAAUUUGUCUUUUAUGGUUGGGAGUAUGAUUGUCGAUACCCCAACUUUAGGUUUGUUUGAUGCAAGUGAUGAGUUAUUUGUGUCUACUAAGCAAGUAGAUGAGUUCAUUAAGGAUGAUACUAAAGUGUUUCUAAUAUUAGCUUCUAUGAAGGCUGAAAGCAAAGUUACGAUUGACUUAGUACCUGGUGCUAGUUCGGUGUCAAUGGCUCUUUAUAGAAUGUAUGCUUUCGAGUUAAGUGAGUUGAAGAAGCAAUUGGAAGAGUUGCUUGAGAAGAAGUUUGUUUAG